UCUGCGGGCGGGGCAGGGCCGAGAGUCCAGUGCCGAGGGCCGGCUUCAGUGACUUCCUUGUUGGGAUCCCCGGCCCGGCAGUGUCCGGAAUCGUAGUCCCGCUGUGCUCACCGGACUGCUAGCCAGAGGCUAGGUCGCAGCCGCAACCCAAGCAGGUCCUUCCCCCGCACGCCCCGCGCUCCCCGACAUGCCCAACCCCAGCAGUACCUCCUCUCCCUGUCCCCUCCCCGAGGAGAUUAGGAACCUGUUGGCAGAUGUUGAAGCAUUUGUAACAGACAUACUGAAAGGGGAAAAUUUAUCCAAGAAAGCAAAGGAAAAGAGAGAAUCUCUUAUUAAGAAGAUCAAAGAUGUAAAGUCUACCUAUCUUCAGGAAUUUAAAGACAAAGGUGAUGCAGAAGAUGGGGACGAAUAUGAUGAUCCUUUCUCUGGGGCUCCAGACACUAUUUCAUUAGCCUCAGAAAGAUACGAUAAAGAUGAUGAGGCUCCCUCUGAUGGAAACCAGUUUCCUCCAGUGGCAGCACAGGACCUGCCUUGUGUUUUUAAGGCUGGCUACCUUGAAAAACGCAGAAAAGAUCACAGCUUUCUGGGAUUUGAAUGGCAGAAACGGUGGUGUGCUCUCAGUAAAGGAGUGUUCUAUUACUAUGGAAGUGACAAAGACAAACAGCAGAAAGGUGAAUUUGCAAUUGAUGGCUACCACGUCAGAAUGAAUAACACUCUUAGGAAGGACGCGAAGAAAGAUUGCUGUUUCGAAAUCGCUGCUCCUGAUAAGCGUGUCUAUCAGUUCACAGCAGCUUCUCCCAAAGAUGCCGAAGAAUGGGUACAGCAGCUGAAAUUUGUAUUACAAGAUAUGGGAUCUGAUAUUAUUCCCGAGGAGGAUGAAGAAGGAGGAGAAUUAUAUGAUGAUGUUGAUCACCCUCUACCAACCAGCAGUUCACUAGCCAGCAGUCAACCAAUUGAUGAUGAAAUUUAUGAAGAACUUCCAGACGAGGAAGAGGACGCUGCGCCCGGGAAAGUGGAGGAGCAGAGGAAGAUGAGUCAGGACAGCGGUCAUCACAGCACAGGAGACAAAAGCACCGAUUAUGCUAACUUUUACCAGGGUUUGUGGGACUGCACAGGGGCUCUUUCGGACGAGUUGUCAUUUAAACGUGGGGAUGUGAUUUACAUUCUGAGCAAGGAAAGAUCAACGUUUUGGUCGAAGAAAAAAAUGAUGAUGAACUUUCCCCUCUGCCCACAGCCGAGGAGGGGUCGGUCUCCUGCUACUCCGCAAAGGCUGUGGAAUCAGACCCCCCGGGGAGGCAUGAGCAGCAGCUCAUAACCUUUCUUUGUUUUGUUGAGCAUCCUGCGUCUUCAUUACUUUCUGCAUUCAUAGCAUCCCUCUGAUGUGAAACUAAAUGAAGGAUAUUAAUGCAAAUUAGAUACAAGCUGUACACUUAGACCUGUUGCUAUUUUGCAAAAAAAUGAUUAUAGUUUUUACUUACUCAUUUGAUUGGUGUGAAGAAUUCAGCACUAUUUUAUACGUUCCAUGUAGUCACUGCUACUUCUGGUAUGAGUUACAACUUCUCUCAAUAUUGGCCGUCAGUUAUUUUUGUAGACUAUAACAUAUAAUUUCCAUAGAAAUUUAAACUGAAGAUACUGUAGAAGUUUUUGGUAGAUGCUUUAGUAAAGCCUUAAAGAAUAAAGCAUUAUUAAAGCUUUAUAGAUUAUUUAUGCCAGUAUUUAUUUUCCACACAAUAGUAACAUGUUUUCCCGAAAGAAUUUUACAGUUGGCAAGUUUACUUUAUGUUAAAUCUCACCACAAGAAAGGAAACAGGAUCGAAUCGCAAAUGGUAGUGUGCUGCCACCUUCUACAACACGCGCCCGACUGGAACAGUGGUUCGUGUGAAGUCCUGUAUCAAUAGCAGAUACCCUGGUCAAUUGAUGGGCUGGCCAGCAUCUUCUACCAUCACUUUGUUUAAAUUUAAUAAAAUAAAAAAUUCAUACGGCCCACCGCCCAUUCUCCACCACCGUGAGGGCAUAAGGAAUCUCUGUGUGCUCCGAGGUGAGGAGCGGACCCAGCCCUCUUCUCCUGCCUGAUCGUGGCUGGGGCAGGGAACCCACCGCUGUGCAUUGCUCAGGGCAGAGGAAGGAGCAGUGUGGGAACCACAGCAGCACACGCACCAGCAGCAGCCUGACAGUGGAGUCCCACGCCCGCUACCUGAGCAAGACUUGCAGAAUUCUGUCACACCUGUUCAUGUAUAUUUGAAACCAAAGGUAUUUUAAGUGCCUACAAGGUACUGGUCUGCUCUUAUAUCGCAAGGUACUGCUGAACGAAUGAUUAUUUGGAGUAGCUAUAAUCUCCUCAUAUUGAAUCACUGAUUAACACGUACCUUUGUUGAACUUUUCGGAUCUUUGCUUUAUGAAGAUAAAGGUUCUGACCAUGCAAGUAAGCUGAUGAUAUUUAAAAACCUCCAUUAUUUACAUAAAACUGUUUACAGGCACUAUUUCAGAGUGUAUAUCUACC